CUUCACCUGUCAGAUCUCUACAUACAGUUUUGAAUCCUCUACCUCUUCUAUAGCAGGCUGAUCCUCUCCACAACAAUGAACAUCUCUGAACAUGACAUACUGUUCCUCUAUGGAAGUCACUCUCACCUGGAGAACAUUAUAUUCUCUGCAUUUUACAUCCUGGUUUUCAUCAUGGCAGUUCCUGGGAAUGCUCUGGCACUGUGGGCCUUCUUCCACCAGGACAGCAUGUCUCCAUCCAAGAUCUUCCUCAUGCACCUGGCUUUUGCUGACAUCUUUUAUGUGCUUAUUUUACCGAUGAGGAUAGUUUACCAUCUGUCUGACAAUCACUGGCCCUUUGGACAUGUCAUCUGUCAACUAGCAGGCUUCCUUUUUUACUUAAACUUGUACUGCAGCAUGUACUUAAUGAGUUUCAUCAGCCUGGACAGAUUUAUGGCUGUUGUUCUGCCCUUAAAGUCACAGUCAGUUAGGAAAGUUCUGUAUGCAAACAUAGCUGCUGGACUACUUUGGUUGAUAAUCAUUCUGCUUAUGAGUCCUAUGCUUCUUUCUAGAGUGAAUGAGACCAAUAAUUCAACUGGAUUUUGCAACAAACUGUACUUAGAAAAAGCAUCACCUAAAGCUUUGCUUUCAACAGUUGUGGCGUUUGUUCUUCCUCUUACUACGAUAGUGGCUUCCUACAUCCUGAUUCUGCAGAAAUUAAAGACUGUCAAGCAACGACCGGUGAAAGACAAAGCUAAAAAAAAGGUCAUCCUCAUCUUGAUGAACUUCCUUUUGGCCUUUGUGCCCUACCACGUGUGCAGAGUAAUAUACAUUGACAGCCAUGAUCGUGGCCAUAUGACUGCAGCAAGCCAUGAGGCUCUUGGAAGAGCCAAUUGGAUCACAUCUGCACUGACCUGUGUUAGCGGUGUCCUGGAUCCUGUCAUGUAUUUCUUUCUGAACCGCACAUACAGGGAGAAGCUGCUGCAGCUCUUCUGCAAAAGAGGGGAAAAUGAUCCAUAAGCAAUACAUGUAAAUGUUUUAAGAGAAUUUGUCUCAUUUUUGUGUAAUUUUUAGAGACAUGUUAGGACAUGAAGGCUCUCAUUUAACCAUAGGUGUAACAAUUCCUGUGAAUAUUUUUGAGGUAACAUACAUAGAUUGCCACAUUUUGUUUACAGUGGAACGGACUCAAAGCAUUAUUUAUUUACGAAACAAUACUGUAGGCAAUACACAAGAUAUAAGCCCAGGUACACCUGGAG